CGCGAUUCUAGAAUAAGCCGUAUUUUGUUAUUGAUAUGAAGAUGCUCUGUUGAGGUGUACAUAAGACCCGUUGAUCAACAAAGAAUAACGAAUAUACGAACUAGAGUCAAUCAAUUGCAUCAGUUGCUUCAUCGCACUGCUUUCAAAGGACACCGUUUCGUCAUAACGACACUUCUCAGAUUCGCCUCAGGGUUUCUAGGCCAUGGCUCCAGGACGCUUUCUCCUCUCCCUGUUGGGGCCUUUACUUCUUCUCUCACAAAGUGCCUACGCACAUGGCGCGCACGAUGAGCAGCAGGCCGAUUGGGCGACGCAGCAUUUGGCUGAUGAGCAUCAUAUCUCCAACUUCGACGGCGGCGCCUUCUUCCAACUACACGAUUUCGACGACAACGGGUACUGGGACUUCGACGAGAUAUACACGACGUAUGGGCUCAAGCACGAGAGCACCAACCACAUCGAGAAAGACCGCAAGGACGGCGUGAUCCGCCAGGUGUUAAGCCUUCUGGACCGAAACCAGGACGGGCAAGUGACGAAAGAGGAGUGGAUGGCGUUUGUCGCAGGUGGGGGGAAGCUUCCCGAUUUUGGGAUGGGGCCGGGACACCAUGGGGAUGAUGAGUACGAGUAUGAGAUACAUCAUUGGGAGAAAUAUCAUGACGAGAAUACUAGGGAAGAAGACCUGACGCAUCCGGAGGAUAUUGCGCAUUUCAAGAAGCAUGACGAGAUGGAUGCAGAGGCUGAUCGGAUAGCGAAGUUGGAUAGCCAAUCCAUUGUGCUGGAGAAUAUACCACAGAAAUUCAGGAUAGCUAACUGAUGCUGGCCUGGGAGAUGGAAGGAACUGUAUAAUUUAUGCGACGUACUUGUAAUUAUGAUGUCUAAUGUCCAAAGAGAAUCCUACAUGUUUCAAUGACAAUGAAGUGAGAACAAAUGGACAGCAACCGAUUAUUCUACAAUUUGGU